GGAGGCCGCCGCGGGGCCCGCGCGCGUGGGCGGCUGGGGCCCUCCGCGGCCAGCCGGCCGUCUGCGGCGGGGGGGGCCGCGCAUGUCGUCCGCCCCGGGGAGCCCGAGCGCGGCCGCGGGCGCGGAGGCGGGCGGAGCGGAAGGCGGCGCCCCUGCAGCCGCCGCGGCGCCUGCCGGGGGCAGUGCUGCCGCGGAGGAGGCCGCCGAGGAGGCGGAGGCGGCGGGCGCCGACUUGCCAGGCGAGCCAGCCGACGGCAAGAAGAAAAAGAAAAAGAAGAAGGCCGAGGCGCCGACCUGCUUCGAGAGCUGCCCCCAGCCCUCGAGGGCGGACGUCAGCUACGGCGCCACCUCCGCCAGCAUGGACGCUCCCUCGGUCGCCUGGCGCCGCGCGCGCGGCCGCAGCGGCGCAGUGUCGGCGGCCUCCUCUUCGGCGGCGCGGAGGGCCGAGGAGGCCCGAGCGCUGAUCGAGGCGGCCGUCCACGAGGACGCGAACGGCCCCUCCGUCUUCGAGAGCCAGCCAAGGCAAGGGCUGGCCGACACGGGCUCCUCCAGACAAAGCCCAUCAGGUGCAUCCGCUGCCGCGGUGUCGAGCGUCUUCGAGAGCAAGCCCGCGGCGUCGCUGGCCGACGUCUCCUAUGGCGGGAGCCUGGGGAGCAGAGCGGCCGAGGCGGAGGCGCUCAUCCAAUCGGCGGCCGAGCUCGUGGGCUCCGACGGCACCUCCGCCUCGGUCUUCGAGAGCCGCCCCCGCCCGAGCGCGGCCAGCUACGCGGCCGGCAGGUCCAGCCAGGCGGAGGCGGAGGCCGCCGCCACCACCUUCGAGAGCCGACCCGCGGCCUCGCGCGCCGACGUGGGCUACAGCAGCGCCUCGGGCGCCUGGGGCGCGGAGGCCGCCGAGGCCGCGCCCAGCGCGGCACCAGAGAGAGCUUCCGCAGGGCGCCGCGCCCUCCACCAGCGUGUUCGAGAGCCAGCCGG